AUGAGGUUUAGGAGUUCUUCCCAUAGCUUGAAAAAUGUUGACAGAGAGUUAAAGGACUUGAUUAAUUCUUCCGAAAAUGCCAACAAAUGUGGUGAAUGUGGUAAUUUCUACCCAACUUGGUGCUCAGUCAAUUUAGGAGUUUUCCUUUGUGGUAGGUGUGCUUCUGUUCACAGAAAGGUUUUCGGUAGCAGGGACGAUGAUGCCUUUUCUAACGUGAAAUCAUUAUCGAUGGAUAGAUGGACAAGAGAGGAUGUUGACGAAUUAGUGAGUCUUGGAGGCAACAAGGGAAAUGCUCGGUUUUGGAACCCCAAGAAUGUUCCUUUUCCUUUUGACGGGGAUGAUGACAAAGCUAUCGUGGAGCAUUAUAUUAGAGACAAAUAUAUUUUGGGCAAGUUCAGGUAUGAUGAAAUAAAGCCUGAAGACUUUGGGUCUAAAAUGGAUGAUUCUGACAGGGAAUCUGAUAGGUUUGCUGAAAGACAUAGAAGUGGGAGCAGGAGCAGAUCUCAUUCUUUCUAUAAAGGGGGCCAUAAUAGGUCUGACUAUGGCGAUUCGAGAGAUUCCUUCCAAAGCAGCGGAAGCAGAUAUUCUAGGCAGCUGGCAGAACUCAGAGACAUGGGUUUUGAUGAUACAAACAAAAAUUUAGAUGCAUUAUCGUCCGCUCACGGCAACAUCAAUAGAGCAAUCGACUAUCUAGAAAAAAGUUCAAGUUCAAGAAAUAGUGUAUCAGCAGCAGCGGUAACAUCAACUCCACCCUUGCCCAGGAGACGUGCAACAACAGGUGGUCCACAGCCAGCUAUCUUUGAUGGUACAAACGUAAUCACACCGGAUUUCACUUCAAAUUCAGCAUCUUUCGUACAAGCAAAACCAGCCGUUUUCGAUGGUACCCUCCAACAGUACUAUGAUCCCGCUACCGGAAUGAUUUACGUAGAUCAGCAGCAAUACGCCAUGGCUAUGCAGCAGCAACAGCAGCAGCUUGCUCAGGCUCAGGCUCAGGCUCAGGCUCAGGCUCAGGCUCAGGCUCAGGCCCAGGCUCAGGCUCAGGCUCAGGCUCAGGCUCAGGCUCAAGCUCAGGCUCAAGCUCAGCAGAUCCAGAUGCAACAGCUUCGGAUGCAACAACAGCAACAGCAACAGCAACAGCCGCAACUGACAUACCAGCAAAUGCAGCAGGGAGGAAACCUGCCACAAGGCUAUUUCUACACACAAUAA